UCGUCUGUAAAUUCCCCUGAAUCACAAUUUGAGUGUCUUGUGUUGGGUGGAGUUGAUACGUGUUACACGAAGAAUAUGAGCAACGCAGCUUAUAAGGGCUACGUAGGGCCACGUUACAGCACACAAUCUGCUGUGUUAGACUAUUAUUGGAGGGACUAUGUGGGUGUAAUACCCCCAGAUGCUAUUCCGGGGGGUUGUGAUAUUCGCAACACAACAACUUACAUAGGUCAGGGUCUUUAUUAUGAUUAUGACUAUGAGGAUGACGUUGGACUUUUGAUAGGAUCAGUUUAUCCAGGGACAAAUAAGAUAAAAGUGGCAUGUAAUGCUUACGUUUACUCUGUAAAAGUGGGUCUGAAGAUUUUGUGUAGUAGAAAUCUGAAUUGUUUUACUUGGACAAAAACUGAUCGAAAAUCGUUACAUUCAGCGAUGAUUGGAAAACAGCUAGUUUUUGGAGGUUGUAAAGGUGACAAAAUAAUAAAUAUUGGAAGGGUUGCGUAUCAAGGAGAAAUUAUUGUUGGUUCUGUAUUGGGAUAUGAAGCAGAAAAUGCGCAGUUAUGUUUUGCCCAUGAGGAUAAAGAAAUUGUUGUUAAUUCGUACGAAGUGUUAACUUACAAUAAAGCCUAGAAAUUAAUUUCUUUUA